AUGGCCCGCCUUCUCUCCCUCCUCGCUCUCUCCUCGCUCGCCGUCUUCGUCUCGGCAUCGUCCGGCUCUGACGCAGCCCACCGCCGUGUCGCUCGCUCGUUCAGCGACAACCACGACCAGGCCAAGCGUCACGGCGAAGUCGCUCACAACUCUUCCCGAAAGCGCGGUAUCUCGAAGCGCUGCGCGGCGUCCAGUUCCACAACCGCAGCUCAUGCAGCAGCAACGUCGGCGGCGGCCUCUACCAGCACCAAGGCGGCCACUGCUACGACCUCUACCAAGGCUACAGCUACGACUUCCAAAGCCUCUGCUGCUACCACCUCGACCAAGAAGGCCUCCACGACCUCAUCCUCCGCUGCUGCAUCCUCGAGCAGCGCCACCUCCUCCUCCGGCUCCGGCAAAGUCGGUCUCGCCUGGUCGAACCACGAGGCGGAUCUUAUCCCCGACUUCACCAACAGCAAUGUUGCCUGGAUCUACGACUGGGAGGAGUCGCUGCAGUACGGUAUGACUACUGAGGGUCUGAACUUUAUCCCUAUGCUCUGGGGAUGGAAGAACGCUGCGUCGUUCAAGUCUACGGUCGUCAAAGGAUACGCCCAAUACGCCGCCUUCCUGAACGAGCCCGACAUCUCCUCGCAAUCCAACAUCGCCGCGACCGACGCCGUCGCGAUGUGGACGACCUACAUGGCCCCCCUCCGCUCCGAAGGCUACAAAGUGAUCUCCGCCGCGCCCGCCACGGGCCCGACCUGGCUGCAAAACUUCAAGACGGCCUGCAACGCCGCAGGCGCGGACUGCACCUGGGACUACACGGCCGGCCACAUCUACACGACGUCCGUCUCGUCGUUCGAGACGGUCGCCGCGAGCUACUACUCGGCCGACUUCGACUACGCGCCGGUGAUGAUCACGGAGUACUCGUGCCAGGAUUACUCGGGGAACGAUCAGCAGGCGACGACGGACGAGAUCUGGACGUUUAUGGAGCAGACGAAGGCGUGGCUUGAGGCGCAGGACUAUAUCGCUGCGUACUUCUACUUCGCCCCGAUGACCUCCUCCGAGCUCGAGUCGAACGACCUCAACGGUCUCAACGCCAUGAUCAGCUCGGACGGCACCUCGCUCACUGACCUCGGCAAGUACUACAUCUCGUAA